AUGCUGGAUGUAGUCCUUCUGGACUCGAAUAACAAUGCGGCCAGCAGCAGCGGCUGCAGCGCGGGAGGCGCGGUCGGCAGCGAGACGGAGGACUCUAAGCACAGCUCGCAGGACUCCGCCGGCGCCGCAGAGCCGAGGGGCCCCGGCGUGGUCACCAUCAAGUACUCGCUGCGGCCGCGCUCGCUGCAGAAGCGCCGCCUCAUCGUCGACGACGACGACGCCGACGACUUCGGCCGCUCGUGCAGCGGCGACGGCUCGACGGACGCGGCGUCGCCCGCGUCGGAGGACAGCGGCGGCGGGGGCGGCGGCGGCGGCAGGGGCGGCGGGGGCGGCAGGAGGGCUAAGCGGAAGCCUCCGCCGCUCAGCAGGUACCGCCGCAGGACGGCCAACGCCAGGGAGCGCGAGCGCAUGCGCGAGAUCAACGCCGCGUUCGAGGCGCUGCGGCGAGCCGUGCCGCACGGCUCGGAGCACCAGCAGCGUUCCGGCGAGAAGGUCACCAAGAUCGCCACGCUGCGCCUCGCCAUGAGCUACAUCGCCGAGCUGACGCGCUCACUGGAGGCGGUCUCGGCGUCGUCGCCGACGCUGCUGCUGCCGCCGCCCGCCGCCCCCGCCGCCUCCGCCACCGCCGCCGCCUCCGCCUCGGCGGCCUUCCUGUCGUGCCUGACGCCGCCGCUGUCGCUGACGCCCUGCUCCUCGUCUGCACUGCCGGAACUGUGCGACGCGCUGACGCCCCCGGACCUGUGCGCCGGCCUCACCGUCGACCUGGCGCUCACGCCGCCCCCGGGUCUGGACGAGCACUGCUUAGCGCCCCACUGA